UGGCCACCGCCUUGGCUCAGUCCAGGAAGGGGCGGAGCCUGGGGACGGGGUAGGCUAAGAUUCAGGUUAAAGUGGGAAUUAGCUCGCAGUUACACAGACAUCUUAUCAUGGAGGCGAACGGGUUCGGACCCCAGACUUUCCCGGAGCUGAAGAAUGACACAUUCCUGCGGGCAGCCUGGGGAGAAGACACAGACUACACUCCAGUUUGGUGCAUGCGGCAGGCAGGCCGCUACUUACCAGAGUUUAGGGAAACUCGGGCUGCCCAGGACUUUUUCAGCACCUGUCGCUCCCCAGAGGCCUGCUGUGAACUGACUCUGCAGCCACUGCGUCGCUUCCCUCUGGAUGCUGCCAUCAUCUUCUCCGACAUCCUUGUUGUACCUCAGGCACUGGGCAUGGAGGUGACCAUGGUGCCUGGCAAAGGGCCCAGCUUUCCAGAGCCAUUAAGAGAAGAACGGGAUUUAGAGCGUCUCCGGGAUCCAGCAGUAGUGGCCUCUGAGCUGGCCUAUGUGUUCCAGGCCAUCACGCUUACUCGACAACGGCUGGCUGGGCGUGUGCCGCUGAUUGGCUUCGCUGGUGCCCCGUGGACUCUGAUGACAUACAUGGUUGAGGGUGGCAGCUCAAGCACCAUGGCUCAUGCCAAGUGCUGGCUUUACCAGAGACCAAAGGCCAGUCAUCAGCUGCUUCGCAUCCUCACUGAUGCUCUGGUACCAUAUCUCGUGGGGCAAGUGGCUGCUGGUGCCCAGGCAUUGCAGCUCUUUGAGUCCCAUGCAGGGCAUCUCGGUCCACAUCUCUUCAGUAAGUUUGCACUGCCCUACAUCCGUGAUGUUGCCAAGCGAGUGAAGGCCAAGCUUCAGGAGGCAGGCCUGGCACCAGUGCCCAUGAUCAUCUUUGCUAAGGAUGGACAUUUUGCCCUGGAGGAGCUGGCCCAGGCUGGCUACCAGGUGGUUGGGCUUGACUGGACAGUGGCCCCAGAGAAAGCCCGGGAGCGUGUGGGGAAGACCGUGACCUUGCAGGGCAACCUGGACCCCUGUGCCCUAUAUGCACCUAAGGUAACAGCCAGUGUCCCUAUGUGUGUCUGUGAGUUUGUCUCUGUGCACGCCCAUGACUGUGGGUAUGAUUGCGUUAUAUUGUGUGUUGUUAUGAUGUCUGUUUGUCCCUCCCCUGUAUCCCAUACACACCAUGUGAACUCUAGGAAUGCAGGAAUUUCUUUUUAUUGUUGUUCAUUUGUGUUUUCUUAGUGCCUGGCCCAUCCUAGGCAUCCAAUACAUUUUUUUGAAUUAAUGACUGAAUGAGUAACAGAGUGGAAGCAUACCUACAUGUAUGUGUGCCACUAUUAUGUACAGGGAGGACAGAGGCUUGCUGGCCCCCCUGUA